AUGCGAGAGCUCUCGAAUUCUGUGAUCCUUCAGGCACGGCGCUAUGUCUCGGGCGAACAAGUCUUUGCCCAUAUCGAGAAAGAGGAGGCACACCGGGCGCUCGAGCAGCUUUCCACCACCCUCAGUGUCUGCACGUCCUUCAAGGAGACGUAUGCCAGCUACAAGGACACGGCCACGGCAGAAUGUCCUCAUAACCCAUGGCGCAUCCAGCACGGAGCCCUCUUCGGUCGUCUCGAGCUCUUCAUCGAACGCAUCGCCAGUCUCAUUGACAUAACACGCACACUCAUAUCUUUUAAUAAACUGGCUAAGGUGAGUAGCGAAGGGGAAUCGAGGGGAAAAGCUCAAGCUCUCGAAAUCGUAAUAGUAUUCCCAGCCCCAUUGGCGUAG